AUGCCUGCUGUGUGCGCCCUUCGAUAUUCCUGCGGACAGGAUAUCGAGGUCGGGGGCACGGGUCCUGUGGCGCAGAUCGAGCGGCGGAAGGGUGGUGGCGGUCACGGUCAUGGUGGCGGCCAUGCCGGCGGAGACGAGGGCUCGCAUGGCCAUGACACAAGUUCCGAUGGCGACAAGUCCGUCAGCGACAAAUAUUCGGACCAUGUCAAGGAGGUCGACGUUCCUGGCGAGACGCAAGGCCGGACGAAGGCAUAUGCGUAUGGACCCGGAGGGGGGAAGGUGAUAACAAUCCCUGAAGGUGAACCGUACGUUGGCCGAAAAUCAGGCGGGGGGACGCGUGCGGGUGUGGCAGGCAAUUUCGAGUACGGGAGCGGCAUACCGGGUCGAAGUGCGACCGCUGUCGGCGUAACUGACGUCGACUUCCCCUAUGGGUACAGACCCUUCUCCUGGCAACAUAUCCAGGCUAUGGACCUCUCUUCCUACACCCAACAGAGCUCACGCGUAAAAUACAUGUCUGACCCACCCGUGCAGUAUGGCAUGCCUGAGAAUGCCACUCGUCCUGGCGGUCCAGAAGCAUCAGCCAAUUUUACGGACGCGUAUUCAAACACAACCGUCUGCAUCCUCUCGGAUAACAGCACCGUCGCCUCGCUGAUCGCAUCAAUCAGCGCGAACUGCUCUCUCAGUGCCUCGUCUUCGAAGACCCCUCUUCCGUUCAAUGCCACCUCGUCCCGGCCUUGUCCGGAACAGGCGAUCAUGUACUAUCGGGGCAGCUCCGCGACGAUGACGCUUGUGGGCUACAACAAUACCAAUCUGUUCAGCAACAAUACGGCUUCUGUAAUGCUUCCCCUCCCAUCAUGGGCUAACACCUCCUUCAUCAGCUGCGUUAACGAGACAACUAUCGCGGCCAUCCCGUUGUUCGGCAGAGCCACGAUGCCCGUCGAAGAUAGCCACUUUGCGGACGCUGAUCGUACCAUUUGA